UGAUGUUAGAACUAUAUCUUACUGGCAUCAAACCAAAAUUCCUUCUUUAUCAAUUGAGUUACCUUAAACCAACAAAACCUUUGAAGCUUCUUGCCAUUCAUAUGACUCAUCCUUCCCAUUGAUUCAUUGGAGACAUCUGGAAAAAUUUUCACCAGGGUUAUAGUAACACAAAUGUAAGUGCAGAAUGGCAUAAAAGAAGGGGCAGAGGGAGGGUUAUGUAUGUGACAGGCCUUAGGUGCAUUGUGAUUGCCAGAGUUUUCUUUCUGGAUCAAAGAGAUUUGGAUGGAACUAUUGCUCUUGGGUUGAAUAACAUAAGCCUAUAACCACAACAUCUUCACCUAAUUUGCUGUCUCGUGAUCACAGGUCCUUUUCAUUUAGCAUAAGCUUUUCAAACUUGAAAGAUCAUCAGGCCCAUUGGUUUCAGAAGCUCAACAAAUGCCAACAGUGAAGGUUAAUCAAGCAGACAUUGGUUGCAUUGGUGACAUGCUCUGUGCUGCAUUGACUGUCAACAGCUGGACUGAUGAUCUUCCCAUAUGUCGUCAGUCAGGUGUGGGGUUCUCAACAAAUCAGGUCUAUCGUGAAGAUGGCAGGCGACAAGAAGAGCAUCAAUUAGAAGAUCGCUCCUUUUACUUUCACAUGGACAAUACUUUUCUCUAUGGAGUAUUGGAUGGUCACAAUGGAACACAGUUUGUUGAUUUUGCAAUCCAGAAAUUCCCUGCAGAAAUACUGUUGGGUCAGAUCAGGACAAACAUGGACAAUAAUGGGGUGAAAGGUGUGAAACUGGGGAACCAAGAAAACACAAGAUGCUUGGGAAACUGUUAUGUGAAAAGUGGAUAUAAGGAGUUUCAUGAGCUGAAGAGUGCUAUUGCUGAGCCGAUUCUUUCAGACGUUGAAAUUCACGAACCAAUUCCUCUCACUGAAAGUUGCAGGUGAGUUCUGCAUUGAUAGAUAUGUUGAUAUACCUCAGCCGACCACUUUGCCAUGGCUCAGUGGUUAGAAUC